UCCGCAAGCGUCUCUAUUAGUCAUAUGAAAACAGAUAUUUUGGCUAAUCUAAUUCUUGAACGUUACUGAAACAUACUAGCCUUUUAAUAACUGCUUAGCCUACUUAUAUUAAAAGAAUAUGACUAAUAAAAAUGUUAGUAUUAUCAUCAUUAUCCACCAGAGGUCCCACAAACAUAACCUAUAAUAGCCUACAUGGUCAUCAAUAGGAAGUUUAAAUAUUAACCAUUUAUGCAUUUCGGUCUUAAACAAUAAGCUAAGUGUUUGGAAAAAGAAAUAUCACGACAAAAUUUGGUCUUUUAUUUUUCUGGUCCUUUUAAAGAACUCAGAUACACACUAUAACACGCAUUCUCUGAUAGUCUCUGUGAAGUCCUACAAAUAAAUAUUAAAUGAAUGCAGAAUUAGAUGCAAGGUGGGACUUUAAAAAAAUGUUUGAAGUGAUAAUUUAGAUUUCUUUUAUAAUAGUUUAAUAUGAUGCAAUAGUAUAAGGGUUUUGGAGGAGUGUAAGCUGUCCUCUCCUCGCGGUGAGGUCCGGGAGAUGCUGCUGGUCUCGCGGCUUUGUGCGGAUUCUUGACCGUCUCCACGACAACCACAACCUGACGCAACUUACGCCCCUCCUCCAUUCGAGCCUCUCAUCUCAUUCAAGAAACAAGUGUGGAGUAAGAGCAGUGUAACAGAGCAGGACGCGAGGGGUACAAGAGCCUGAAAAACUACUGUGAAGCCCCACAGACACACCAUCCUGGUUACUGCGAGCAAAUCCAAAGGUCUACUGUAUCUUUAUUGAUCCAACAAGGCAAUGAGAUCAUCUGACCACUUAAAUUGAUUUUCACUGUUUAUUUUUGGCUACUCUAACCACUUCCUCAGAAGGCCAUGGAUGCCAGCUCAAUUCCUCAGAUUAAUAUAGAGGACUGUGAUGGCCUUGAGGUUGCCCCAGAUGAUCAUUUGAGAAACCUGAAAGCACUGACUGAGAAGCUCAGGCUUGAGACCAGAAGGCCGUCCUAUCUUGAGUGGAAGGAACAAGUGGAAGCUCAAAGCUCCAAAGGCUUAGCAGUGUCAGAGGGCUCAUCAGAGCCGGAGACGGGUGCUGGACUGAAGCCUGACGGCACACCUCACAGUUCCCAAGUGACUGAAGGAAAUGCCCUGAUUUCUAGAAGCCUUGGAGGAUUCGAUAAUAUUGAUGAAGCUCUGGUUUGGCUUCGAAAAGAACUGAUGGAGAUGCGCAUCCAGGACCAGCAGCUGGCCCGCCAACUUAUGCGACUACGCGGUGACAUCAACAAACUCAAAGUGGAGCAGACGUGUCACCUGCAUCGCCGGAUGCUCAACGACGCCACCUUUGGCUUGGAGGAGCGUGACGAGCUGUCGGAUCUUCUGUGUGAUGGACCCGUCACUCCAGGGUUUGGACUCUCUUCACCAUUGCGCCUCAUUGGUGUCACCAAGAUGAACAUCAACUCCAGACGCUUUUCCCUUUGCUAGCCAUUUAAUGUGUGACCGAACUCCGAAAGAAAAGAAUUAAUGACUCAAAAAGUGACUAAUCUUGAAAUGAACUGUUUUCACAGAACAUCCUGUGCCUCUUGCUCUAUAUUCCUGUGCCAGUGAUAUCUUUUCAGUUAAUCAAAUGAACAAUAUACAAUGACUUCUACAAAAAUGUCUGAUCCACUAGCCAUGGCUCUAUGCCUCUUAAACAGUCCUUGCUGUGGUCAUGAGAUGUCAAAUGAAGUUGCUUACCAUGCACAUGGUUUCAAAACCUUGUAAACUAUCAAAUGCAUGAAGACUGUUCCAAUAUAGGCAUUUUAGUGCCUCCAAGACACUUUGCCAAAUUCUAAGGCAGCAUUCACGGUAAAAGCAAUCCAAUAAUGCAUUGCGAUAAGCUCCGUGGAGAUUGCGGACCAGGCAUUAGAAAUGUUGAUUGUUAAUAAACGUACAUGUCAUUUAAUAUUGAAAAGCAUUGAUGGUUGUAAUUAAGAUGAAUUAUUUUAUAAUCAUUUUGUGUUCUGUGAAUUUUAUUUAGUGCUGGGCAGCAAUUAAUCGUGAUUAAUUGCAUCCAAAAUAAAAGUCUUUGUUUAUGUUAUAUACGCGUGUGUACUAAUUCAUGUGUAUAUAAAGACACAUACAUACAGUAUAUAUUUUGAAAAUAUUUUCAUGUAUAUAUUUAUAUUCAUAUCAUUUAUAUUUUUUAUAAAUAGUACACACAUAUAUAUUUUGUACACAAAACCUUUUAUUUUGGAUGCGAUUAAUCAUGAUUAAUUGUUGCCCUGCACAAAUUUGUAUGCGUAUUAUGUAUUAUUUAAUGUUUUAUUAGUGCAUUAGCCUAGCAACAUGUUCAUAUCAACAGUCUACAGCCAUUUUUUCAGCUGCCUUCAUUCCAGAAUUUUUACCCUAUGGAUUUGAAAACAUUUUCAUCAAUGAGUUAUAAGCUGUAAACCAUACCAACCAGCUAUGAAAUGAAUCACAACAUAAACUUUGAUUUGAAGCAAAGACAUUUCUGAAAAUCAGACAAAAAGACAUGAUGAAAAAGAAAGAAAUAAGAAACCGAGUAAUGCAGGCUGCUGGUUUCAACAACGGCGUGUACCAUCGAUUAACAACCUUGAAGCUCACAGAAGGCGUUUCUUUAAUGGUUUUUGUUAAAAAUCAAUUCCCCAACAGAGAAAAUGAUUGGUAUUUCACUUCCGGAACCAGAAUGUUCCAAAUAAAAUGAAUCAAUCAAAUUAUGUGGCACACAGACUUGCUACCUCUGUAUUAACGCUUCAAACUGGUCUCUUGUGAGGUUCAUGAUUAUAAUGUGUAGGCCGUAGUGAAACAGUUCACUAGGUUCUGGAACAGAGCUACAGCCUUAAUUCAGUUUUGCUUAUAUGUAUGACAUAAAAUGUCUCAAGUAGUUCUGCAUGUGAUUUUUUCUAUACACAUUUGUAUUUUAUAUGGAAGAAUAUCUUAUAAACGUAACUCAGUUGUGGUUAGAUUCAUUAAAAAAUAUUAUGCUUGGCAUGUACAGGGAAGAUUGUAUCUGCUAUACUGUACAAUAACAUCCCAGUCUACAGAUCAUCUGUGGAAACAUGUUUACAGAAACCUCUGACAAUUCAUCCAUAUAAUCCUGCAAUAAAUGUUUUACAGUGCAUUGUUGCUGAGUUAGUAUGUUACUAUGAAAGGAAACAAGAAGGCUCAUCAUUUUACCGCUUGGUGUACAUUGAGCUGAUGCCAAUCUCUACGUGGCCAAUUAUUCUUAAGUGGUUCCAUUUUUCCCAAUUUGGGAGGAGCGUCUCCGCAGAUCUCCAUCAUUCAAAUUACAUGUUUUCAUAAACAAGAACUCCAACAUAUGUGCAAAGGCUACGAUUAUAUGCCAUUACUACACUCAUUGACCUUA